UAAGUAGUGAACAUCGAUCAAUUGCAGACGUGAUAUAGUUAUUUGCAAGAUGUUAGGAAAGAGCCUGCUGCUGGCGACGGCCUGCUUCGCUGCAGUGCAACUUGCUGCAGCCGAUACUCCAAAUAAAGUAUUCUGCUAUUACGAUGCCAGGAGUUUUGCUAGAGAAGGUCUCGGAAAAAUGAUACCAGCUGAUGUUGACGCAGCAUUAUCUUUCUGCACCCAUUUGGUUUAUGGACAUGCAGGUAUUCACGCAGAAAAUUUCAAACUGAUAUCAUUAAAUGAAAAUUUGGACUUGGAUACCGGUCACAAAACAUUCCGCGAAAUGACUACAAUGAAAAAACGUUACCCUGGUCUUAAAGUUUUGUUAUCAGUUGGAACUGAUGCUGAUUACGGCGAUGAUAAAGAAAAAUAUUUAACCAUGUUGGAAUCUAGUCAACAUCGUACAACUUUCAUUAACUCUGCAUAUUCACUUGUAAAGAGCUACGAUUUUGAUGGUCUUGUUUUGUCUUGGAAUUUCCCUCCAUCUAAGCCAAAGAAGAUUCGCUCUGGAUUUGGCUCAUUUUGGCACAGUGUGAAGAAAACUUUCGGAGGUGGCAGUACCGUUGUUGAUGAGAAAGCAGAAGAACACAAACAAGAUUUUAUAUCACUUGUUCGUGAUUUGAAAAAUGCUUUCAGACAUGACGGAUAUGCAGUCGCCGCUGCUGUCAAUCCCAAUGUUAAUGCCACAGACUUCUUUGACACUCGAAUGAUCAUCAACAACUUGGACUUCGUCAUCAUGCACUCAUACGACUUUAUGACCCCUCAAAGAAACCCAAAAGAAGCCGACUACACUAGUCCAAUCUAUGCUUUGCAUGAGCGCAAUCCUCAAAGCAACAUUGAUGCACAAGUAGCCUACUGGAUUGAAUCUGGAGCCCCUGCCUCUAAAUUGAUCCUUGGCAUCCCAACAUUCGGACGUACAUGGAAACUCACAUCAGAUUCCGCCAUAUCUGGUGUCCCUCCACUAACCAGUGAUGGCCCAGGAGAAGAAGGACCACAAUCUAAACUCCCCGGACUUCUCAGCUAUCCAGAAGUUUGUGCUAAAUUGAGCAAUCCUAAUAAUCUUAAAGGUGCAGACGCUGCUUUGAGAAAGGUUACUGAUCCAUCCAAACGUUAUGGAACAUAUGCUUUCCGCCUACCUGAUGACAGUGGUGAGCAUGGAAUGUGGGUAUCGUACGAAGAUCCUGAUACUGCUGGAAACAAGGCUGGUUACGUACGCGCCAAAGGACUCGGUGGUAUUGCUAUUAUCGAUUUAGGAUUCGACGAUUUCCGCGGUGUCUGCUCUGGUGAUAAAUUCCCAAUUCUUCGCGCCGCUAAAUACCGACUACUCUAAUUCAUAAUUCGAUAACGUAUCAUGUAACUAAAUAUUUUUCUUGAUAUUUAUAAGUGAAGUUUAAGUUUAUAAAUAUUUUAUGAUAAGCAUUCAAUCGUUCAU